AUGAAACAAGAUAAUACCAGUAGUACUAAUAUUUUCGUACAGUUAAAAAAUAAUGUGUUAAAUGACUACUUUAAUCAAACCAUUAAAAACAAUAAUAAUUUAUUAAUUUUAGAUUUAUUUAAUUUGAGCUUAGUUAUAAUUGGUCUUUUACAGUGUAUUUUUAUGUUGUUGAUCCGUGAUACUUUUCCAUUCAACGCAUUUUUGAGUGGUUUUAUAAGUUGUGUUUCUCAAUUCGUUUUAAAUGUAAGUCUAAGAUUACAAAUAGUUUCACCAUUCCGUAAUAUUAGUGAGAAAAGGGCCUUUGCUGAAUAUAUUUUCACUUCAUUAAUCUUACAUUUUAUAUGCCUACAUUUUAUUAAUUAA